CAGCGUGGAUUGGCGGCGCUGGCGCUGCCGUGUGAGCUGAAGGGCAGGAGGGAGGGAGGGAGGAAGGGAGGGAGCGAGGUUGCAGCGGCGGCCGGCAGCGCAGCGCUGGCAGCCGGCGUACACAGGCGCUGACACCCGCUGCCCGGGAGCAUCCCCGCUUGCAGCAACCCGUCAGCCCGCUGAGCCGCUCUUCCAGCCGCCCUCGGUGCAUCUCAACCGAAUGCAAGCUCCUGAACUCCCCCCAUCCCUUCUCUCCAGAUUACCUAUGGAAUAGAUAGACACCUCCUCUUUAGACUUGCCACUGCUUCUUAAUCCACACACACAGCCUAGGUUGUUUUUGUUGUUAAACCUUUCCCCCCUCUCCUUCCCUUCUCUCCUCUGCCUUUUAAACACCAUUAUUUGCUGGCUGGCUGUCCCUCGACAAACCAUGCCAAGCAAAACCAAAUACAACUUGGUAGACGAUGGACACGACCUAAGGAUUCCUCUACACAACGAAGAGGCAUUCCGGCAUGGGAUCAGUUUCGAGGCGAAGUACAUUGGCACGCUGGAUGUACCCAGACCAAACAGCAGGGUGGAGAUUGUGGCUGCAAUGCGAAGGAUUAGAUACGAAUUUAAGGCCAAGAACAUCAAGAAGAAGAAGGUGAAUAUAAUGGUGUCUGUGGAUGGGGUCAAAGUCCUUCUCAGGAAGAAAAAGAAGAUGGUGAAGAAUCUGGAAGCGAAGGAGGAUGACAGGAGAGUAACUCCGACUACAUUUUGGAUGACUCUCCUCAAAAAAGAAUGGACAUGGGAUGAGAGCAAGAUGUUGAUCAUGCAGGAUCCAAUCUACCGGAUAUUCUACGUCUCACAUGACUCUCAGGACCUGAAGAUCUUCAGCUACAUAGCUAGAGACGGCACCAGCAAUGUCUUCCGGUGUAAUGUCUUCAAGUCCAAGAAAAAGAAGGGUCAGAAUUGGCAGACAGCUGCAGUGCGAUUCUUCAAUUAAGGACCAAGGCAUCCGGUACUUUUGCCUAACGGAGGCAGAUGGAAGUGUCAUUUCAAGUCUUUUGCACAUUCAUCAGCAUCGCAGCACAUCAUGAAGCUAUAUAUUAAUUGAUAGUUUGAGCAAAGUAUCUAUUUAUCCAGCAUCGUUCAUGUCACGAAAGGUUCUAAAGCGAGUGAAGUCUCCGUGACGCAACGCUUAUGUCGUCUGGUGGAUGUCAAGGUACUCAGAUCAUCUCCAGCAAGAGUCCCACAAGCAUCAGUGAGAUCAUUCAGAUUCAGAUUCAAAUUUAUUGUCAUUGUGCAGUGUACAGUACAGAGACAACGAAAUGCAGUUAGCAUCUCCCUAGAUGAGCAACAUAGAAUAUGAGCAAUA